AUGGAUUUUAAAAAACAAGUACUUAGUUGGGUUCUGUCAAUAGGACAUGAAGAGCUGGAAACGAUUUUAACAGAUUGCAAUAAAGAUGAAUGUGAUAAACUAAGGGCAAUGUAUUCAGAGUGGAAAUUUCAAGAUGGUUAUUUUUUUGAUGAAUCUGUAGAUAUACCGGGUAUGCCAAGUUUUGAUUCUGAUUCUAUAGAUGAUGAAAAUAAUAAUAAUAAUAAUAAUAAUAAUAAUAAUAAUAAUAAUAAUAAUAAUAAUAAUAAUAAUAAUAAUAAUAAUAAUAAUAAUAAUAAUAAUAAUAAUAAUAAUAAUAUUGGUGAUAACAAUAAUAUAAGCAACAAUAACAUCAAUAAUAAUAAUAAUAAUAUUAAUAACAACAAUAAUACUAUAAAUAAUAAUAAUAGAAAAUUAGCAACAUCAUUUUCAACAAGUAAUAUAAUAAAUAAUAACAGUACUAACAAUAUAAAUAAUAGUAGUAGUAGUAGUAGUAAUAAUAAUAAUAAUAAUAGUAUAAAUGGUAGUAACACGCCAAAUAACACUAGUAUCAAUAGUAAUUGUAGUAGUAAUAGUAGUAGUAAAUUAAAAUCUAAAAAAAGUCAUAGUUCAGGUAGUAUUGGUAAUGUAGUUUGUUAUUCAGAUAUUGAAAUGGAUAGAAGAGCAUGUAGUAGUUUGUUAAAGAAAUUUAAGCUGGAAUUUAGACUCACAAAUGAUAAAUCAAUAUAUCACUUUGAAAAUUUACAACAAUUUUUACCUGAAAGAAAGGUUGAAGAAGAAAAAAGAAUUGUAAAAUUAAUUAGAUUAUGUGAUACAAGGACUAGGUUAGAUACAUUUACAAUUGAAAGUAACUCAGUUUCAAAUCAAGAAUUAGUGCAUUUAUUAACUGAAUUAAGUCAAGGUGGAUUUUUACAAGUUCCUUGUCAUUUAAUAAAAGAUUCACAAAAUAAUUGGAGAAGUGAACCACCAAAAUGGUUCAUAUCAAAGAGUUUUUUUUCAUUAGGUGAAUUUGUAGCAGCAUGGUUUGAAUCAUUGAUAUGGGCACAGUUUUGGGAGAAUCAUAGAAUCGAUGGUAGAAAAGAUCAAUCUAGCAAACAAAGGAAUCCAAAACCAAUCUUUAAACUUUUAGAUUCUAGAAAGAGUAAUUUAAAAGAGUUUUGGUCAAAACAAAUGACAAUUGAUAAUAGAAAAAGAUAUGCAAUGGCUAAAAUGGGUAAUUUACUCUUAUCUGUAAUUCAUUCUUUAAAUGAAACACCUGAAAAGGUUGAUUUAGAUUUUAUUGAAAAAUUGGGUGAAUUAAUUGAAGAUUUUAAAUCACCAACAACUACUUCACCAUCAAUAAUAUCGUCAAAUACAACAACACCAACUUCAACCACUCCAACUACUUCAAUUUCUACAACAACAACAACCACAACCACAACAAGUAGUAAUAAUAAUAGUAAUAAUAACAAUAAUAAUAAUAAUAUAUCAUCAAGUACACCAACAACACCAAUUACAGUUAGUGUUGAUAAGCCAAAAUUAAUACAACGUUCAACAACAAAUAGAAAUACAAAUAAUCAAAGUCAACAAAAUCAUGUGAGUGUCGGUGGUAAAUUAGGGGUUUUAGGUGGAUCAAGUUCAUUAUCAGAGUCACCUGAAAAUUUAAAUAGUAUUAGUUCAAUAUUUGAAGAAUAUCUUGUACAGAAUCCAAUAAAAUUGAUAGAGUUUUUAUGUUUCUCUCCAUUGGAGAGAGCUGGAAGUACUGUUGAUACAGUGAUGCGUCAAAUUGGUGCACAACUUCAAAAUUUUUAUAGUGAAAGUUUAUCAAUGGAUUUAAUUAAUUCAGAAGAAUCUAGUAGAAAUAGAAAACGUAUAGGUGGUAAUAAUAGUAAUUCAGGUUCUUUGAAUUCAAGUGGUAAUAAUACUCCAGUAAAACAAAAGAAAAAGAAAAAACAACAAGAUCAGAAACAACAAGAUAAAGAAAAAGAAAAGGAGAAAGAGAAAGAAAAAGAAAAAGAAAAAGAAAAAACUAUAUCUCCAACUACAACUACAACAACUACAACAACUACAGCUAACAGUAACAGUCUUAGUAAUAGUGGUGGUGGUAAUAGUUCAAAGAAACUGAAUGAAUCAUCAGAUUCAACACAAUCUGAUAGUACAAAUCGUACAAAACCAAAUGCUAAUCCAAAUACAAAUACUUCAAUAAGAAAAAAGCGUAAAAAGAAGAGUGGAAGAGGUGGUAAUAAUAAUAAUAAUAAUAAUAAUAAUAAUCAAGGUAGAGGUGGUAAUAGUAAUAGUAAUCAUGGUGGUCAUCAUCAUCAUAAUCAUCACCAGUCUAAUCAAGGAGAGAAAUCUUCAGCAAAUUCUGAUACUGAACAAGAAUCAAUUCAAACUAGACCACGUAGACAUUCGCUACCGAUGGAUACUCCCCCCACUAUAAAAAACGGUAUACCGUUUUUAAGUACUACAGAGGAUGAAGAUGGUGUUAGUAUGUUAUCUGAAAGUGAUAUUGAUCAUGGUAAAGGUGGUACUGGUCCAAUUAAAAAUAAUAAUAAUAACAAUAAUAACAAUAAUAAUAAUAAUAAUAAUAAUAAUAAUAAUAAUAAUAAUAAUAAUAAUAAUAAUAAUAAUAAUAAUAAUAAUAACAAUAAUAACAACUCAAAUCAUUCCUCAAAUAAAUCUAGAAAUAUAUCAACAUCUUCUUCAACUUCAACCUCAACUUCAACUAAUAAUACUAAUAAUAAUAGUAAUAGUAGUACUAUUGGUGGUAACUCACUAUCAUCAUCAACAACAGGAACAUCACAACCUUUAUCAAAUAUAACAACUACAAAACCAAAACAAAAUGGUAAAACUGGUACAAAUAAAAAGGGUAAUUCAAAAUCCUCAUCAUCAACACCAACUAAACCUACUGUCACUAAAAAUCGAGCAAAUAGUACUUGUGAACAAAGAACACCAUUAAUUUUAACUCAAAAAUCCUUGACAUCCAAGAGUUUAAAUAAUAUAGCGGUUACAAGUACAAGCGAUAGUGAUGGUAUUAAACCUAAAUUUAUCUAUAGUGAAGAAUUUGAAGAAGAUGAUGAAGAUGAAGGAUCAGAUGAAGAAUCUGAUGAAGAUGAUGAAGAUGAAGAAUCUGAUGAAGAAUACCGUGAAGAGGAUGGUUUUAAUGAUUUAGAGGAUGAUGAAGAAGAUCAAAAUAAUUCAUAUGUUCAAGAUUUAACAAAACAAAUUGAAAAACAUUUUAGUUUAAAUGAUGAAAAGAAAAAUAAUAAUAAUAAUAAUAAUAGUCAAGAUGAAACUUUAAAACAACCAAUAGCGAAACAACAUCAACAACAACAACAAAACCAACAACAACAACAACAAGUAAAUAGUUCAUCAAAAUUAAAUUUAAAUCAAAGUUUAGAUAAUAUACCAAAUGCAAAUAAUAAUAACCAAAAUGGUCAAAAAGUACUUUCACCUCAGCAAACAUCACAGCAAUCAAAUACAUCACCAAGACUUUUUAAUAUCUUUGCAACACCAAACUCUCCAAAUCCAUCAACAUCACCAAUAUUACUUCAUCAAGCAACUAUUAAUUCAUCACCAAAAGUAUCAUCACCACAACCACUCUCACCAAAAAAUGGAAGUUUAUCUCCAGCAGGAAACGUUUCCAGUAAAAGACUUUUCUUUGAAAAUCAAACCAUUAGUAGUGGUAAUACCUCCCCAAAAAUUACUAAUAAUAAUAAUAACAGUAAUAAUAUUAAUAAUAACAAUUCAACCACUACCACUACCACUACCACUAAUAAUAAUAAUCCUAUAGCCACAAAUAUUCAAAGCAACAUUAACAACAAUGAAAAAGAUAAAGAAAGAGAUAAUAAUCAAAAGAAUAAUAACAAUAAUAAUAAUGAUAACAAUAAUAAUAAUAACAAUAAUAAUAUUAAUAAUAACAAUAAUAAUACUAGCAACAACAACAAUAAUAAUAAUAAUAAUAAUAUUAAUAAUAAUAAUAAUAUCAGCAAUAAUAAUAAUAAUAAUAAUAAUAAUAAUAAUAAUAAUAAUAAUAAUAAUAAUAAUAAUAUCAAUAACAACAAUAAUACAAUGAAUUCUUCAGAAUCAACAAAUACAAAUACAAAUACAACGACAACGACAACAACAACAACAACAAAUAUAAAUAAUAAUGAUAGAAAUGUAUUAAAACAAUCAAAGUCAACAUCUAGUUUACAAGUUACAAGUAGUGUUUUCCAACCACCAUCAAAAACAAUAAAGAAUCAAAAGUAUCAAUAUCAACCACCACCACCACAACCACAACAACCACCAAUUGAUAAAUAUAAAGAUUGGAGACAUAAUAAAUUUUUUAACCAAAUUCAAACAUUUAAACAAGUUAAUCCAUUCACAAAUUUACAAGCAUAUCUUCAACCAUGGGAUGAACCACCAUUACCUUAUCCACAUCCAAAAUUCUCUAUAAAAUUACAUCAAGAGAUAUUGGAUUUCGUUUCAGAUGUUGGUGAAAGAACUUAUCCACAUGUUCAAAGUUGUCAUCAUGUUAUUGGAUUAAUUAGAUCGGUUGUUAAAAAGUUAUGGUCAAAUGCAGAUUUAGACAUUUAUGGAAGUUUUAUGACAGGUUUAUGGCUACCAAGUAGCGAUAUUGAUAUCGUGGUAAACUAUGGUAAAAACAUGGCAAUCAAACCAAAGAAUGCUCAAUUCCUCCUAAAAGUAUUGGAAAAACAAUUUAGAACCGAUUUAAAUGGUAUGAUUUUAACUAUGCUUUGUAUACCCUCUGCAAAAAUACCCGUAAUCAAAUUGGUAACAACAGAGAAUAUCUCUGUCGAUAUUUCAUUCAGAGAAUCACCAACAUCAGUUCAUACUGGAAUAGCUGCAAGAGAUUUAGUUGCCGAUUGUGUUAGAGAAAUCAUUGGACUUUAUCCUUUAGCAAUCGUUUUAAAAUGGUUCCUUCGUGAAAGAGGUUUAAAUAAUACUUAUACAGGUGGUUUAAGUUCUUAUUGUUUAGUUUUAAUGUUAAUUAGUUUUUUAAAGAAUAAUGAACAUUGUCCAAAAAAAUCAUCAUCAACCUCAACUACAACCACAACUUCAUCAAUAGAAACAACAUCAACAACAUCAACUACAACUUCUUCUAUACCAAUAAGUGGUAAUAAUAAUAAUAAUAAUAAUAAUAAUAAUAACAAUCAACCAACAUUAAAUGCAAAACCAUGUACUUGUGAUAAUGGUGAUCAAAUUUCAGGUUUAAAUAUUGGUUGUGCAUUGAUGAGAUUUUUAGAAUAUUAUGGUGUGAAUUUUAAUUAUCAAGUUACAGGUAUAUCGAUUGAAGAAGGAUUAUAUACAUUCCCAAUUAAUAAAGAUGAUCCAGUUGGUUCACAAUUCCUUUUCAAUAAUUACAAUAUAAAUAAUAAUGGUGGUGCAAAUGUUAUACCAACUACCAAUAGUAAUGGUACCGUUGCAAAUGAAGAUAAUCUCUAUGGUAAUCAUAAUCCAUUCUAUUUGGUAGUUUCAGAUCCAUUCGUACCAGGUAGAAAUGUUGCUGCUGGUUCUUUCAAUUUUUCACGUGUUAAAGCAGCAUUUCAAUAUGCUUUUGCUACACUAAGUAAUACUUCGAUGAAUGAAUUAUCUUUUGAAAAUGAAACAAUCUUAUCAAAAAUUUUAAUGCCAAAUAAUUUAAAUAAUAAUAAUUUAAAAUAA